CGCUGCUGCUGGUAUAAGGUGUGUGGUUCGUGGUGAUCGCAUCCAGCCAAGCAGACUGUGUGUGUGUUUUCUCGUCGAGAGUCGUUCUUAGGUUGAAUUUGUAGGCUUACGACGAACUGAGAUCUCCAUUGGGAUCGUCUCUUCGACUGGGAACGCCUCGACGGAGGAGUCGAUCGUUCUAUUUUUUGUUCAUAUCGUAGCUCGUCGUCCAUGAUCCCAAGAUGUCGGACCAGGGCGAUUGGCGUGGACUGAGUCGUUGGGAACAAGAGUGCUCGGAUAGAGUCGACGAAAGCGAAUCUACAAUCGGUAGCCAGAUUGCUGCUGAACGCGACGCCGUGGCCCAACGUUUAUUUCUGCUAUUUCAAACUUCGGCGACAUCUGUAGCUCAGCUGUACAAGGAAUGCCAGAGUGGAGUCCGACUAUGGACAUCGUUCCAAAACGCGGCGUCAUCUGUAACAUCAUUGUACAAGGAAUGCGUCGAGUCUCAGAAGCGACAACAAGAACUAGCUAUACAAUUCGGAAAUCACCGGCGGAAUAAGGACAUCUUGGCGUGGGCGCACAAUCGUAAAAGGAGUAUUCGACGAGAAGAUCUUAUUAGCUUCUUGUCUGGACGCAAUCCGCGUCUUUCACCGCCAACGCAGACUGGUAGAAAUGGAGCUCAGUGGGGAUCACCUCGACGUUUCGACGUUCAACGAGGGCUCACCUGUCUGAGCUUGAGUGCAGGCGUUCCUUCCUCGGGUGAGGCGACAGGGGCUCCCCAUUCGUCCCAUGGACCCAUUGACGACGAUGACUUGGGGACGUUUCGUCAGGCCCUGGCUUUAUCCGCGUUCACUGUUGGAGCUGCGUCCGGAGCUCAUCAUUCGUCAUCACCUCGAACGUCGAAGACAGCGGAUCUCAGUCACUUCAUCACCGAAGAGUUCGCGCGACACGGUCGAAAGCGAACCCUGCCCUUGCCUUCGCACGGACAUCAUUCAGUAGCGAGCGCAAGUCAAGAUGGUUUGUUGCGGGGAUCUCCAACUAGCGAUGACGUCAUUAUGGAUAGCCCUCAACAUAAACGUCCCAAGUAUCUCUGAGUUCACGGUUUGUAAUCGCAUGUACGCCAAUGCGUUCGUAAAAUCGACGAAACGAAUCAACGUAUGUAGUUAUUGUAAUAGACCUUAUUCAAUGCCUUGGACCUCUCCUCCCGUCGAAAUCAAAGUUCGGUUAAAGCCGGGGAGACCGAGACGAGACUAGAGGUGCUUAUGAUCCCGGGAUGACCUGUGCAAAACGAUAUGUAUUCCCUGCUUGGCAUUAAUCGAAUUUGGCUCCAGCGAUCGGAUUCCGCGAAUGCAUGGAGCUCAUGAUUCAUCGGCAUUCGAUAAAAAUGAGGGGCGAUUGUCACCCUAUGAAAUAACUGGGAGAAGUAUGAGCUCGAGACUCCGCGGAGGCAAGACGAUUAAACACGGUUCCGAUCAGCCAUAUCGUCGCCGGAAAUUCGCGACAGCUACCGGAAUCGCCGCUCUUCGUCGCCGCGCCUGUGGCCGGUCAUUGUUGUAUUUUUGAUGAUGCUCGUAGCUUCCUCGGAAGUCCAACUGAGGCUUCAAGGAAGCCUGUGAGAGGGUGGUCAGACGAGGAUUAACCAUAAGGGUCUCAUCUGACAUAGUUUCCGAUCGUGAUCACGGAAAAUAUGGUGUCAUCUCUCGAAUCAGGAAGCGACUAAGGGGUAUCCCUCCGUCCCUCGUUCCAGACUCAUUCAAAGCUAGAUCCGGGGCCGACACCCCUCGUUCAGUUGUCCGUCGACGACACUAAGGAGUUCCGCCGACGAACCAAGGAGGAUAAUGGAUCCUAAGCAAAGCGUGUGUCCAGAGACUCAGACUACAGUCCGAGCGACCCCCGGUCGUCCCCGGUGUGUCAAUGUAUAUAUCUAUCCUUUGGAUACUGAAUGAGUUGUGUGAAAUGACCGAACAUGCUCAUCAAGGGCCCUCGAGCAAAAGCAAUUUGUCGAAGUGAUCAUACGGAUGACGCACCAGGAAUCAUGGAGUUGCUGAAUCGAAUCGAUUUCGUUCCCCUCUAGAAGGGAAUCGAGAAGAGUUCCACUCAUUCCCUGAUGCCGUCGCUGUCGUCAGACAGAUUUUUACGCACAUUUGUCGAGAGAAAAGGAAGAAGUUGAUUCCGCAACGCUCGUGACAGCUUUGCUUCGAGGUGUGUCGGUUGAAUAAUGAUCACUGGCUUUGUUGGGACGGAAGGAUUCGGCAUUUACUGUUAUUUCACCCAUGGAUACUUUAUGGGUCAAGACUGUAUUAGUUUCAUCGUAAAUGGAUCGCUUCAUGCGCACUCUUACGACAUCCGGCUAGUUCUUAAAGCGAUUAACAUUAUUUCUUUACCUUUAAGUAACCUCACCAUAAUUCGAGUACUUCUUGUUAUAUAUUAUAUAUAUAUAUAUUUG